CAAGUCUUGACGAGUGUUAUUCGGUGUGUCAUAUGAAGAAAACAAUGAGAACUCGCUCAAGUUCGCCUCCGAUUCAUGUGCACGUCAACGAUGACACAGCGGUCCACGUGCACGUGAAGAGCCAGAGGAAGAGUCCUUCCAGGUCACCUCAGGGGAAGACCAAGGCCGACAAAGGAAACCUCCGUCCUUCAGCCAAAGUCAAAACUCGAGUGCCGUGGAUUCCGCCGGGGAAGACCUCCAUCCGGGACGGCUCAUACAAGUGGGAGGGGCCAACGCACCGCCUUGAGAUCACACCGUUGCUCCCUGAUCCAGAACCCGAACCUCCCCAAAGUGUACUGCGAUUGGCCGACCUCGCAUCAGAAGAAGAGGAGGGGCUUCACGGACGAAUCAGCCAGUAUGAGAGGAAGAUUGACAGCUUACUGUCAGAAGUCAGCUCUCUGAAGAAUGAGGUGGAGCUGAGGAAGAAAGAGCAGCUGCUGGAGCGUCGGUCGGAGCAGCUGAGUGUCUCCCAGCGGGUGAUCGCAGAGCAGGAGGAGGAGCUGGCUGAGGUGACCAAAGAGCUGGAGGUGACUGAGAGGGAGAACUCCAGACUACGUCAUUCCAUGGGGAAGAUGAUGGAGGACACCGACUACAGCAGACUAGAGAGGGACAGCGUACAACAAGACAAAGACACUCUACUAAUGAAACUGAUGGAGGCUGAGGUGGACGGGACAGCAGCUGCCAAGCAGGUGUCAGCUCUGAGAGAAUCUGUUUCCAAAAUGUCCGGCACUUGCGGCAGCAGGCUGUCGGGCUCUGAGUCGUCAGUCUUGGCCCGACAGAAGGAGCUGCUGCUGCAGAAACUGGAGACAUUUGAGGCUACAAACAGAACCCUGAGGCACCUUCUUAGAGAGCAACACGGCUCCCAGAUGGAGUCAAUCAGCCUGUCAGAGCAGAAGGACGCUUUACUCAAGACACUGGCAGACACAGAGGCAGAGAAUGCUCAUCUUCUGGUGAAACUUCAAGAGAAAGAGAAAGAGGUUAUUCAGCUCGCCACACUUUUAGAUACUGAAAAGGAUAAUACAAAGAGCACAUCAGAUUUAUCCAAGAGUCUGGAGUCGACAAGAGCUCAUUUACAGGGACAGCUCCGUAAUAAAGAAGCUGAGAAUAACCGGCUGGCUGUGCAGAUAAAGAACCUGGAGCGAGCAGCCAACCAGCAGAAGGCAGAGAUGGAUCACCUGAUGGAUCAGCAGGUGAGGCUGAAGCAGCACGCCAACGUAGACCGAGAGGAUCUGAAACGUGCCACGCGGGCCCAGAAGAUGCGAGCCGAACGUAGCGAGGACACGGCAGGCCAGCUGAGCGAGCAGCUGCUGGACAUGGAGAAGCAGAUGUCAGACGCACUGUCAGCAGCUGAGACUUGGCAAAGUCGCCAUACCCAAGAAGCAAAAGAUAAAAGUAAACUUGAGGUUGAACUGUCUCUGUUGAACAGUCGUGUUGUGGAGCUGACGGAGAAGCUACAGGGCACGGAGGUAAAAGGGCGAACGGAGAGAGAAGCCCUGUUAGAUCACCUGCACGGACUGACCACACAGAGUACUGAUGUCAAACUGGAGAACCAGUCCCUGAAGGCUACAGCAUCUGCAGUGGAGGAGAAGCUGGCUUUGUCUCAGUCAGAGCUCCAACAUGUCAAAGCUUCCAUCAAGCAAUAUGAAAACCUGCUGGAAAGCUAUAAGAUCCAGGUGAGGAAAACCCGGGCUGAGGCGGACGAGUACUGCGCCCGGCUGGCCGAGGCGGAGCGGGAGGCCAAGGCGGUGCGAGAAGAGCUGGAUAAGGAGAUAGAGCAUGUGCGAAGGGAGCUGCUGGGGCGGCUGGCAGAGCUGGAGAAUCUUCCCGAAGCUCUGCAACACUCCGAAAUCCAGCUGCAGGAGGCUCAGGAGAGGGAGCGCAGCCAGGAGAGACGCAGCAUGGAGCUCAGCUCUACACUGACCGACAUACGCAUGAAGGUGGAGACUCAGGGCAGCCAGAUGGAGUUCCUCAGGCAGAAGAACAAGGUGCUGCUGGAGGAAAACAGACAGCUUCAGCAGCAAGUGGAGAUUCUGGAAAGAAAACUGGAGGAGGCUGUCGGUCAGAACGGUGACCUGCUGGCUGUCAUUGCCAAACGGGAAGAGAGCGUCCAAGGCAAUCAGCUCCGCCUUGAAGAGAAAACAAGGGAAUGUUCCAUGCUGAGCCGAAAGCUAGAGGAGGCACUGGAUGAUGCUCGCCAUCAGAUGUCUGAGACCAUAGACCGUGCUACAACCAAAGAACGCUCCACCCAGUCCAAGAUAGAAGAUUUGGAGACCCAGCUCAGCAGGACUGCCUCUGAAAUCAACCAACUGAGACGCAGCAAAGAGGAGGUGGAGCGGCGGUACCAGAGCCGACUGCAGGACGUGAAGGAUCGCCUGGAGCAGUCGGACAGCACCAACCGCAGCCUGCAGAACUACGUCCAGUUCCUCAAAGCCUCCUACGCCAAUGUGUUUGGGGACUCGGUUCUAAGCAGCUCACUGCGCGCCCCCUCACCCAUCUAA